CGAUUAAUCUAAUGGCGAAUACAAUCGCGUCAUUCUAAUCUGACUGCAAAAAGGUUGCGAUUUAAUUCUUUUUUUCAAAUUAAAGAGUGGCGUUCUCUAUGUCUGCUCGUUAUCCUUGCCUAACCAGGCUCUCGCACGCCCCUAAAAACCACACAUGCAAACCAGAUUUAUUAGCAGCGUGCGAGUAACGUUAAAGAGAAGAUAAAGUUUCAGGUAGCCUUGUGGUUUUGGUCCAGUCCCCUGUCACGGUACACCACGGCCACAAAACCACAUUACCAUGCUGGCUCAAUCCACCGCAAAGUGCAGAGGGUUUCGAGGUUCGUUGGUACCGUCACAACAACUUUGAUUUCCCGGCCAUGCUUUAUCGGGCAAAAAAGUUUGACGAUACAUCUCAGGAAGCUUCGUACAAGGGCAGAGUCUCCUUUGGCUUAAAGGAUGCAGCCUCUGGCGGACGGAAGGAAGGUGAUGUGAGCCUGCAGCUGGUAAAUGCUACACUUGAGGAUGCAGGAGAUUACGUUUGUUAUGUCAGCAGUGAUCAGGGUUAUGAUAGUGAAAGCGUCAGUCUCAUCGUGACUGAAAGGGGAGCCCCUCCACUUCUGUCAGCUGUGUGGAAAGAAGAUAACGUGAUGAAUGUGAGCUGUGAGUCUGGAGGCUGGUAUCCAGAGCCUAUCCUGAGCUGGUCGGAUCAAAAGCAGGUUCUGGACACAAAAAACCUGAAUUACAGAAAAGAGUCUUCUGGUCUUGUGUCAGUCCACAGCUGGCUUCUUGUCGCCAGCUCCUCUGAGGUUUACUGCUCAGUGGGCCUCUCUGGUGAAGAGAUGAAGGAGGCAGGAGUGCGCCUGGAAAACCCUCCUCAACCUGGUGAACAGGGAUCCUCUGCAGCUGGAUGGGUGGCCUUCACACUAGCCAUGUUAGUGUUAGCUGUACUUGGAGUGCUGUACUUCAUAAAGAGAAGGAAGAAAGCCAAUUCAAGAAAUGACCACCCUGAUGGUAAGAAGGACCAAAGAGUUUCUGUAGACACAUUAUUUAUUACUCUUGCUCAAAAUUUCAGGAAGAAAUCCAAAUCAGAAACUGACCACGCUGGGGAGCUUCAGAAACCUUUACUAGAAGAAGUGAUUCUGUCACCAGAUCUAUCAACAGCUAGAAAGUAUUAUGUAAAUGUUACACUUGACAAGAAGGAAAAUCAGUAUCUCAAAAUCAAGAACAAUAUACUGAGAGAUGCCUACCUGGGAGGAGCUGAUUUUCCUGAUGGACAAAAGGUUACCUGUCUCACAGCUAUCAAAGGAACACCUGGCUUCUCUUCUGGACAACACUACUGGGAGGUUUCUAUGGGGCGUCCCUCAACAGUCUUCAAACAGUCGUGGUGGGUAGGAGUUACAAGUGCAACUGUCUUCCCUCUGGACGCUGAUAUGUCUCCAACUCCAUCUAAUGGUUUCUGGUUCCUGUCCUCUUCACCUGACAGAGCAGACAGAUUUCAGUUUAACACCGAACCAAACGUUUUCCUGCCUGUCCAUUUCAGACUUCAGACGGUUGGUGUGUAUUUGGAUUAUGACGGUGGAGAGCUUUCCUUUUAUAAUGUGGAAGAUAAGAGCCUCAUUGGCAGUUUAACAGCUAAGUUCACAAGGGAAGUUUUUCCACUUUUCAAUCCUGGUAAAGGUGACAAGGCAGCUAUGGAGAUAAUACAGAGAACAGAACAGGCUCAGUGUAGUGACACGGGUAACUGUAUAGAUUCACCAGCACAAGAGCCUGAAUAAUUAUUUUAUCAGUAAUAAGUGUUGUUAGAAAGCAAGAUAAAAACACUCAUCCUGAGUGUUUUAUGUUUAAUAUAUCCUGUGUGAAAGGGAGAAAGAGGAUACAAAAUUGAACCACGUGUUGCUUUGACUUAAUGGUUUUAUUUAGUUCAUGGAAAUUUUUUGAGUGACUUAAAUGGGUGACCACACAACAUUUUUAAAUAAGUCAUAUUAAAGCUAAAAUUUUGAUAGACACGCUAACUUAAACUGAAAACCAAUUCUGCAUGAGAUAAAAUAAUAGAAGGGUUAAACUAAAUGUACAGUACCACUUCUGUGAAGCACAUAGUGAUUGUGUUUUGGGGGUUUCCGUCUCAUUUUCGUGAACGCAAUAUCUUGUCCCUCAAUUGGGACAAGAUAUUGCCUUGAGGGAAUUUGUUGAAAUUGGGCACAAACGUUCACUUGGACUCAAAGACUAACUGAUAAGAAUUUGGUGGUCCAUGGUCACUGUGAUCUCACAAAACAUGUCUUUGGCCAUAAGAAUUAAUGCAGUAUUUAUGACACAAUUUCAUAUAGAGGAAGUGAUGACAUUUUUUAGCCAAAAGGUCGAAGGUCAACUUCACUGUGACGUCAUAAUGUCCUGGAAAAACAUACCAUAACUCAGAAACAGAAGGGGAGAUUGUGACCAUAUUUCACAGUUGGUCACACAGUUGGUUUUGACUGAAAGCUCAAAGGUCAUUGUGACCUCAAAAUAGAGUUUUGGUCAUAAUUUAAGAAUGAAAUUGGUGAUUUCAGAUUUCACACACGUCGACUGGGGCGACACAGUGAGUAAACAAUGGCUUUCCUCCAUCUCCUUCAUUUUGCCUUUCAUUUCCUGCCUCAAAUGUGAAUUUCGAGCGUCAUCAGAAUCACAUGACCGCAAACAACAUAUUGAAGCUAAUCAUGCUCUUGUGAGUGAGUUUCACCAACUGCCCAUAGAGAGGCUUCACAUCUAAAAAUGGAGGAAACAAAAGCACCACAUUUUGUGUAGCUGUACUCUCUAAAUUCCCUCUACAUAGUAAUCAAUGUGGUCCUGUGUGGGCAACAUCUAUAAUAAUCCUUCGUUAAUCAGUUCAACAACGUGUGUUGACUAGAAUCAUACAUAUUGUUACUAUAGUGCUAACGAUCGUUAAGCCAAAAAAAUGUACUUUUUGAAUUUUUUCAGUUCAAAAGUAUUCACUACAUACAAUAUAUUAUAUGAGUCUUGACAGACAGGGAUGUAAACUGCAACUUGAAUGGUUGGCAGAGACAUACAACCUUGGGACAGUAACUAGUUUGUUGAAGCUGCUAACUGACAACUUAGCUCUGUUGUUAAAUGUGAGUUUGGGAUGUAAGGUAAACAUACCAUUAAACGAGUAGUUGUACAUUUUUGGAAAUACACUUACUUGCUUUCUUGCCAAGAGUCAGAUGAGAAAUCUGUGUGCGAAAUACUUAGCUCCAUCCGGCAGCCAGUUAGCUUAGCUUAGGACAAAGACUAGAAAUGGUGAAACAGCUAUGGUGUCCUUCUUCUCGUUUACCUCAGCAAAAAAACAAAGGCGUAGUUUUCCAAAACUACUAGUGUAGUAGUAGUGUAGUGUUGUGGGCAUGAUAGCCUAGUGCUUAAUACGCAUACCAUAUACUGUGAUGUCUCUGUUGCUUUCCUGUUUGCUUCUGUACAUGAACACUGGUACUAAUUGAUAAUGCAGGCCUCCUGUCUUUGGCAAACUGCAUGUCAGUAUGGUUUUUCAGACUUCGCAUCUUCUCAAAUAUAAACAUAGUUAUGCCUUGUAUGCAACUGAUUGAUCUACAUUUCGUUUUCUAUAGCAACGUGUUUCUGUUGUGUCCACCAUCUGUAAGGUUUAUUGAAACUGUGUUAAUUGUGAAACCAUAUUCUUUUCGACAGUACUUUAUACACUAUAAGUAAAAGUGCACUGACACGUAUACUCAUUUUAUUUAGAGACUAAUUAGAAUUUGUUUAUCUUAUGAAUUUAUCAUUGUUUGUGCUCAGUUGCUGCCUUUGAAAUAGCUUAAAUUGUGAUUGUUGUUUUGGGGAUUUAAAUCAGUUUUUAAAAACACUUUUACAUUUAUAAAGCGCUGCUGUCAAUCACAAAGACUUAUCAAAUAGAAAUAUCACAGAGCUCAUUUAGGUUCCAAAGGGUGCACAUUUCAAAAAAGCUGGUUUGUGCAAUCUAUAAUCUUAUUGGUCUUGCAUAAGGGACUCUAGGUGGCCUUUUUCAAGAUACAGCAGGUUACAACCAGAGUAGGACAACAAAAUGACAGACCCUCUUACUAAUUUAAUUCCUGGCCUCGUGAAAAACCAUCUCAUGGUUCAGCGUAUGGUACAAAGUUCUCAGUGGAACAAUACCUCAAGAUAUUGGUCUUAUUUUAAUACACUUGAUGAUUAUGACCUUCUACCAGCUGCAUCCCGCAGUCACAGGUUUUCCUCUUUCCUCUUUGUUCAGCUGAUUGAAGUGUCAAGUUGGGAAUUGGCUGACAUAUUUACUUUAUCAGCUAUUUAGAAACUGACAUACAAAAGGGAACGAUAACCCAGCUGUGGCCCUACACUGCUGGUUACAGUUGUGCUUGUGGCUUGACAUCUGGAAUGAGGCAGCUUUACUUUCAAGCUACAAGUUGAUGUCGUUGACCUUCUAUAUUUUGUUGUACACGAUGUCAUAUUUUUUAUAGUUUACAAAUGUCUUUUCAAUGAAAGUUGAUCAAAUGUAAAAUCAUACUAUAAAUGAAUGUGCUUUUAGUGGAUAGCAGUUUCUUUUUUAAAUAAACUCAAUCAUAUAUGGGAUCCCA